CUCAGGCUUCUAUUGCUCUCACUCCCAUCAUGGCCGACAUUCGAUAGCUGGCUUUCAAGGAUUCACGUAGCAUACAAAACGAGCACAUUGCGUAGAAUUUACUUGGCUGUCUCACUUUGAUUCUUUUUAGUCCAGUAAAGAUUUGAUUCAGUUGACAGUCAUCUUAACAACGGAUUAAUCAAGAAAGUGUUGCGAGUUCAAACGUUUCUCAUUCGCCUUUUCAAACGUAAAGGAAUGGCUAUAUCACUGAAAGAUUCGCAUUUGAUUCCAACGAACAAGGACCUUAAAUUUGCUGCAUUUACCAACUUUCAUUGUGCACAUUUUGGUUAUUUGUCUCAACAUAGAAGCCUAUUUGCUUAUUUAUCUGUUGCAGCAAAAUUAUGGCAUUCUGAGAGAGAAAACAUCUUGAAGCAAAACACCAGUGUCUGUUAAAUUAUUUUCAGACAAUGGAUUACUUUAGGGGAUCUUUUGAAAGUUACAGAACACCUGCAUUCAAGGCCUGGAUGAAGCCCCCCUUCAAUAAACCAACCAACAUGCCGUCUGUCAGCAACUGUGUUGUGUUGGACUAUCCAUUCCGGAUAAAGAAGGGGAUAGAACAACUUCCGAGCACCAAGUUUUCUCAGCCACCGCCCUUCUUAGUUGGUGGUUUUGUGGGCAGCAAAAUUUGUGACAAAAAUGGGUCAGUUAACUAUUCAGAUCUGCUUGGACAGAUAUUUGCCACAGUGACGUCUUUAACACCCAAUCAUACUCAGAGAAAACCGUACGGUGAAGGAAGUUGGCGGAGAAAACCUAUACCAGCUCCUAAAAAUUGUCCAAAAGUGACAUCACCAAUCAUAAGUGAAAUUCUUACUCCUAGCGUAGUGAUAUCCUCCCCCUCAGUGACGCAACAAACAGUUUUACCCAUUUCGCCACCUAUAAUGCCUAAUCAUCAAGAAAAUAAACAAAGCCCUCUCCGGACAGCGAGCGAAAGCUCGGAUACCAGCUGGGCAAGUAUAAGUCAAGAAGAAAACCGGAAUGUGCUCAUCUCUAACCCGUGGCUGAGCAACAUCGUUGUUUGUGUUAGUGAUAGCGAUGACGAAGACGACUCUAAUUCGGACUGGGACGCCGUUGAAGAUUUCCAAAGCGAAAACGGGGAAGUUAUCGAUGACUUUAAAUGGAACGGUGAUUCACUUUCCCCCAUAUCGUCACCCAUUUGCCAGACGCCUCCAGUCAUAGCUGCUGCUCUAGAUGACUACGAUAGUGAUGAGAGUGAUGGAGUGUUAAUUUGUUGUGGACACGGGUAUAUUGUCGACGAAGAAGAAGAAGCCAGAGAACGCAAAUUGGCGGAGGAGCGCAUUCACGAUGCCAAUAGAAGAUGGAACCAGCAAAUGUCUGCAGCUGUCGACCAACUUGACGGCAUUCGAAAAAAGACGCCGCUUAAGAAGGUUCAUUUCCCUCCCGAUCAUCAACUUAUCCGUGUGCGUCCAAUGCUGACCUGGACCCAUGCCCAUCGUGCUGCCCGUAGAGGCGAUUGGGAACGAUUUGCCCGCGAUGCAGACCGAUUCCGGGAAAGAAUCGACUCCACUGCCGCCAUCCUAACUCCUAUCCUUGAUCCGUUACAUCGCGAUCGGAUGGUUUUUGAAUGCAUUUCGUGCAUGAGAGGAAUUACGUUACAAUCACAUAUGACGCAAACCGCUUCGCAAAUUUUGGCGUUACGAGGGCAAGUGAAUCCAGCUACCAGCAUUUUUUUCGUUCCGGAUUCUGACGGUUGGGUUUAUUAUCCUGCCGUGAUGGAUGACCCGUCAAUGGAUCUCCAACCCUCGCUUACUCGACGUAACAUUCGCUUUUUCCUUUGGACCAGACAAAAUGCACACGUGGCCCGCGAGCUCUUUGUCGACGAAUCGCGUCUCCUCCAACUGUCUACCUAUUCGCCGGCCAGGUACACGAAAAUACUCUUCCACGGGUUUACUAACGACGUGGUGUCGGAGUUUGUCAUCCAGACGCGCAACGCUUACCUGUCUGUUGGUGACUACAACGUCAUUGGCGUGGAUUGGAGUGAACUGGCCCGUGCUCCGUUUUACAACUCGGCCGCUACUAACACCCGUGACGUGGGUAAAGCAGCUGCCGAUUUAGUGGACUUCCUUGUUAACGAAGGAACACCCAUCAGCUACAUUCAUUUGUUAGGAUUCAGUCUUGGAGCUCACGCAGCUGGAUGGGCCGGAGCAAGCGUCAAAGUCGGUACACUGCCGCGAAUCACCGCAUUUGAUCCGGCAUAUCCGGGCUUCGAUGGGCCUAAUGCCCGACGUCGGUUGUCCAAGUCUGACGCCAAAUUUGUCGACGUCAUCCACACAAAUGCUCGUGUCGGCCUGAGCAAUGCGGUCGGCAUUGAGACGCCCUUGGGUCACGCUGAUUUCUAUCCCAAUGGUGGCUCCCGAAUGCCUGGAUGUAUUGGUUUCUCUUUUCAAACCAAUAAAUGCAGUCAUGUCCGAUCAAGACAAUAUUUUGUGGAAUCGAUUGUCCAGCCAUACGCUUUUGCUGCAGUACCUUGUUCGUCGUACAAAGAAUUUAUGAAGGGAAGUUGCGGCAAUUGUGGCACCAAUUCCACUACGAAAUGCGUUUAUAUGGGUGAAUACCUCACAACCAGUGCUUCCGGGUUGUAUUUUCUAAGGACACGGUCUUUUCGACCCUACUCAGUGGACUAGCCUUACCCAGGAGAGAGACAACCAACGGGUUUUUAACUUCUUUUUUUUUUCUCUUCUUUUGUUCCGUUCACACUUUCACACAUCCACGCAUUUGUUAUUCUAGUCAUUGACCAUGUUAGCAACCCUUUUUUCUUUCCCUCUUCCUAUUUUUACCUUUUAUAUGCCUCGUCAUCCGAGCAGAAAGCGCUCGCUGGCGUGGCAGAGGACCGUUUGCGAACGCCAUUUUCGUUCCUUUUUUUUCUUCUUAUUGCCGUAAGUGAAGUGUGUUCUUUUUCUUUCGAAUCCAUUCAGGGCUCCAGUUUUGCCAUGCCAACGCUCUGCACAUUGACUCUUUUAUUGUCAUUAUUAUUUAUUUACAGACCCGUUCGUUUUUUCUUUCCAUUUUUUUUCUUUUCUUUUAUCAUAGUUUCUACCUACUGACGAUGACUGACUUGUCUUAACGACUAUGCAAUCCACUUGGGUGCGACAGUUUUUCUUUUGUACUUAUGGUCGUGUCACGAUUUACCUUUCCACUCGUGUUUCUUCAGUCUUCAAAGUGUCCAAAAUAAAAAUGCCAAUUGAGGCCAGUUGCAAAAAAAAAAACGAGUACGUGACUCGAAAAAUGAGAAAUUUUUGGAAAAUCCAACACGACUUUAUGUCAUGCGCAACAAAUUAAGAUUGGGUGUCAACUAAAAACCAGACGAAUGCAAAUCGUGGCAACAAUGCAACCGAAAACAAACAAAAACAAAGAGCUUUUUUCUUCCACA